ACAGAUCUGCAGAAAAAAAAAACACAAACACAAACAAAAACAGACAUUAGUUCUCCGUUCAGAUUUGCGAAGUAGCCGUCAAAACCAAGGAAUUCAUUCAGAUCUGUUUCAAUCGAACCCAAUAAUGGUGUUGCGAAACAGAUUUGACUGGAUUCCAGUGUUCCAACGAAGGUACUCAACCGAUGAAGGUCGACGGUGGUUGCAAAGGACUGACGGAGGGGCAGUGGUGGCGCGGGUUUGACGGAGGUGCGGUGGUCGCAAAGGAUUGGCGAAGGUGCAACGGUGACACGGUUUUGAAAGAGGUGCGGUGGUGACGCGGAUUUGACAGAGGUGGCGAUGGUUGCAAAGGAUUAACGGAGGUGUGGCGGUGGCGCAGGUUUGAUAGAGGUGCGGUAGGGUUGAGAAAAGAUAGGCGCAGAUUUGCAUCAGAGAGGGAGGGUUAGUUUUGGAAAGAAGGAGCAAAAAAGAGAAAAUAAGAUAGUAUACGCGCGCAAGUUUGGAUGGCUAUGGUACACUCUGGGCUAAUCUGACCUGUACCGUCCGUAAGAUGUGCCAUUAAAAUGAAUGAAAGGAUAGGAUUUUCGGAUGGACCAUAAAUUGAAUAAUGAUAAUAAGGAGUAAUGUCUAAACAGUAGAUUUUUUUUAUACAUAGUAUGAUGAUAUGUGAAUAAUAGAGAAUUGAAGAGAGAGAGAACAAGAACGUGGCGGAACAAUAGCCAUGCCCAAGAAUGUGCUGGGUAAUGCUCUUUCUUGUACGGACGUAUAAGAGAGGCAAAAAGGCGUGACGUGAGGAAUUGAACUGUGCAGAAGCAGAAUGUGCAUUCACUUGUUGGGGAACUGAAAAAUGUGGGCAUAUAUUCAUGAUCUUGAUGAGCUCUUCAAUUGUUUUAUGCGACAAGAACUUAAUCCUCUUUAAUCAGAAACUGCUUUUGAAGUCUUUCGUCUCGCAUGGUUCAUCAUCCAACUUUGUGAUUCAGUUUGGCAGCAAAACGAGGCGUCUUAAUGGGUUCAUUUCAAAAGCGGAAAAGCAUUCAAGGAAAAGCAGUUGGUGGCAGAAUUUUUUUUUCAAAGAUGAUGGGAAUUGGCUUGGUUUGAGGGACGAUGAUAUGGCCGAGGCCGAGGCUGAGGCUGAGGCUGAAGGCGAGGGUGAGAGGACACAAGAGUUAUCCGAGGGCGACAAGUUUGAGGCAUGGAAGCGGAGAGCUGAAGCAAUUGUGGAGUUGAGGGAAGCCCAAGAAGAUAGGAGGAACCAAGACUAUAGAAAAUGGGAAGACUGGCUUUUGGAUGGGGAUGGGGAUGGGAAUGGUGAGGAUAACACUUCUUCUUGGGAGCAAGGGAUGAAGGAUUAUAGGGAAAAUGUGCGAGCUGAUUCCGGUGAUGUUCCCGUCGAAAAGGGGUUCGUAGAGUCCGCUAGGUAUUUGAUUUUUGGAAGGGAAGAUGAUGACAUGCUUUAUGAAGACCGUGUUUUCCAGUAUGCCUCAUCAAAUUCGGCUAAAUUUUUGGCCGUGUUGAUUAUUGUACCUUGGGCAAUGGACUUUCUGGUUCAUGACUAUAUACUUAUGCCAUUUUUAGACAGAUAUGUGAAGACUGUACCACUUGCAGCACAAAUGCUUGAUGUGAGAAGAUAUCAAAAACUUCAAAUAAUUGAGGAACUAAGAACUGAGAGGGGACGAUUUGAACUUGAGGUUGAGAUUGGUAAAUCUCCACCUCUUUCUGAUGAUGAGGUUUGGUGGGAAUUAAGGCAUAGAGCAUUAGAUUUAAGAGAAGAGUGGAGACUGGAAAAUCGCAGAGCAUUUGCCAACAUAUGGUCAGAUACAGUUUACGGGAUCUCUUUGUUUAUUCUUUUAUACUUCAAUAAGAGUAAAGUAGCUUUGCUCAAAUUUACAGGUUAUAAAAUUAUCAAUAACAUUUCAGAUACUGGGAAGGCUUUUCUAAUUAUACUGAUCACAGAUAUAUUCUUAGGCUAUCAUUCUGAAUCUGGUUGGCAAACUUUGCUAGAGAUAAUUGUUGAGCACUAUGGACUUGAAGUUGAUCAGUCUGCUAUAACUAUUUUUAUCUGCCUGGUCCCAGUUGUCAUUGAUGCAUGCGUGAAACUUUGGCUGUUUAAAUUCCUCCCACGUUUAUCCCCAAGCGUGACAAAUAUAUUCCAAGAAAUGAAACGUCACUAGUCUGGGAUGCCUCACCUACAGUAUGUAGGAUACUUCACCUACAAUAUAUCCUUCAAGAUUAUUCACUCUCAUACAAUCUUUCAAAGAAAAUGUAAUGUAAUCACCUACAAGUGAAACUUGAGAUUUUUUUUUUCAAAAAUCUCAAUAAUAUGUAAUCUUAUAAUAUUUUUUCCCUUCACUUUUUUGUAUUUCAUAUGAAGCCUAUAAAGAUACAAAAUGACGAGGGCUUAUUUUUCCAGUUAUCUCUACAAUUGAUAAUGUUGUAAUAAACUAUAAUAAGCUAAUAAUGGAUUAUUUUGAUCAUUAGAUUACUU